GAGUAGAAAGCCCAAUUCGGGAGAGCUCAAGGUCCAGUCCAUUCCUCCUUGAGGGCAGGAGAUGACGCCAGAGAGAGCUCUAAGGUCCCAGCUCCCAAGGCAAAAAGGCACCAGUUGCAACAGAAGGUGAUUCAGGAACCAAAGUCCACCACCUCUACCAGAUAUCAGGAAGACAGCAGGAAGCAGUAACCUGUGAUAAAAAGUCUAUGUACUGGGUUUCGAAUUGCCUUUUAGAGAUGGAGAACAGUGUUCUGAUGCUGAACCUGAUGCUGGUAGCUCCGGUGUCUGCUGCAGAUCACCUUGGUUUCCUAGAAAGCAUCUGGUUGUCCAUUCACCAGCGGCCCUGGCUCAUGGGUGUUUAUGUGUUUGCUGUGGGACUUCCCAUGAUUCUCUUCAUCAGCUUCAUGUGGCCUGACAAGAGGUUUGGACCACCAGAUCAGCCGUACUACUAUAAGAAAUCAGAUGAUGUUCAACCAGAUGAUCCUGAGAUCUCAUUGCUGAAGAAAUCAGCAAAGACCAAAGGAUCACUGAACAGUGAAGAUCCCUCAGGAAAGAUGACCACAUCAACUCACCAGAGGAGCCGGAGCAAGCACUCCUGAUCUUUGUGUUUUUGCCUCCUCAUUAUGUCUAAGAGAUGGUCAGGGUUCAGUCAGAAACCGGUGUCCAGUCUGAGCUUCAUAUACUGGUGUGCUAGGGUUUACAGUGUCAGUAAUAAAGAAUAUACACUGAACAAAAAUAUAAACAAAA